AUGAAACUUUCGAUAAAGCCUGAGCUCCACAAAGUAGCCCACACGUCGGACGCGAGGGCAUCUAAUCUCAGAUACCCCAAUAUCUCCAGAUUGACCACACUCUUCAUCACUGCAAUUAUGUCUUCUACAAUUCCCAAGUUGAAUAAAUCAUAUCAUAAUAUCCACCAUCCCCGUAUUCUCUGUCUUCAUGGCGGCGGGACAAAUGCUAAGAUCAUGAAAAUUCAAUGCCGUGCUCUCCGAGCUAAGCUUGAAGCCUCAUUCCGUCUUGUCUAUGUUGAGGGCCCUUUCGUCACCCAUGCAGGGCCCGGCAUAAGUGCCGUAUACAACAAAUGGGCUCCAUUUCGCAACUGGAUGCCAGGAGCUAUCGAGCCAGACGAGUCAUCUCCUGGAGUUGCCUCAUACUCGGGCUCAUCCAAGGUCGAUGCACGAAUCAUUGCUAGCAUUGACCAGGCAAUCCAGUCCGCGAUGGAUGAAGACGACCGGGCUGGCGGUACUGGGCCCUGGGUGGGGUUUUUGGGGUUCAGCCGAGGGGCGCAGACGGCGGCCAGUUUACUCCUUCGACAACAGGAGCAACAGAAAAGGGGGUUUGCUAGCACAGAUUUCCGUUUCGCGCUACUCAUCGCCGCGCCAGCCCCCCUCAUAAACAUGAACACUUCUUCUGAAUUUCAAAUCCAAUCGAAUGACCAACUGAACAUCCCUACUGUACAUGUUUAUGGAUCUCGUGAUUCUAUGUUGAGGGACUUUACGCACGUUUUGCAUGAUUGUUGUACGCCCAGCAGUACCCAGAGAUAUGACUGGGAUGCUGACCAUCAGAUACCUCUCAAAACUAUCGACGUGGAUGCAAUUAUCCAGAUGGUAAUGCAGGUAGCUCGAGAAACAGGGGCAAUUGAGGACAUCUAG